CGCUGGGAAAACACGUGUAGUGGAGGACCAGAGAAGUGACACGUACAGUUUGCCACCAUGUCGCCCAAUAAGAAGGGCGGCGAUGAGCGUUUCCUCCGGGUUCAGAAAGACCCCAGAUUUUGGGAGAUGCCCGAGAUAGAAUGCAAGAUCAAGAUCGACAAGCCUUUCCAGUCCAUGUUUCACGACAAGCGCUUCACGGAGAAAUACACGGUGGACAAGAGAGGCCGACCCAUCAACCAAACCUCCACCGAGGACCUGAAGCGCUUCUACAACGUCUCCAGCUCAGAGAACGAAGACGACGAUGAGGAGGGUGUGAAGAGCAAGAAGGUGGCAGAGCGCAAGAAGAAGAAAAAAGUGAAGGUGGAGAAAGAAGUGAAGGAGAAGCUGGUGAAGGUGAAGGUGGAGAAAGAAGUGAAGCAGGUGAAGGUGGAGAAAGAAGUGAAGGAGAGCAAAGACAUUACAGCUAAAGGACCGCCGCCUGAACGAGGGAUCAGAGUCAUAGAAGAGGAGACCCAGCCGGAGAAGGAGAGCAGCAUGGAGGAGAACAAGGAGACCCCUGGAGCUCAGAAACCGAAAGGAAGAGAGAGACGUCACAGCUGUCAGCAAUGUGACAAAUCGUUUACAACAUCUGUACAUUUAAAGCGCCACCUGCAUAUUCAUACUGGAGAAAAAACGUACAGCUGUGAAGAGUGUGGGACAACUUUCACUAGAUCAGAUGCUCUCAAAAUACAUCAACGUAUUCACACGGGAGAAAAAACGUACAGCUGUGAAGAGUGUGGGACAACUUUCACUAGAUCAGGUCAUCUCAAAAUACAUCACCGUAUUCACACUGGAGAAAAACCGUACAGCUGUGAAGAGUGUGGGACAACUUUCACUACAUCAGGUUCUCUCAAAAUACAUCACCGUAUUCAUACUGGAGAAAAACCGUACAGCUGUGAAGAGUGUGGGACAACUUUCACUCAAUCAAGUCAUCUCAAAAAACAUCAACGUAUUCACACGGGAGAAAAACCGUACAGCUGUGAAGAGUGUGGGACAACUUUCACUACAUCAGAUUCUGUCAAAACACAUCAACGUAUUCACACGGGAGAAAAACCGUACAGCUGUGAAGAGUGUGGGACAACUUUCACUACAUCAGGUCAUCUCAAAAUACAUCACCGUAUUCAUACUGGAGAAAAACCGUACAGCUGUGAAGAGUGUGGGAAAACGUUCACUACAUCAAGUGAUCUCAAAAUACAUCAACGUAUUCAUACUGGAGAAAAACCGUACUGGUGUGAAGAGUGUGGGAAAACGUUCACUACAUCAAGUAAUCUCAAAAUACAUCACCGUAUUCAUACUGGAGAAAAACCGUACAGCUGUGAAGAGUGUGGGAAAACGUUCACUUCAUCAAGUAAUCUCAAAAUACAUCACCGUAUUCACACGGGAGAAAAACCGUACUGGUGUGAAGAGUGUGGGAAAACGUUCACUACAUCAAGUCAUCUCAAAAAACAUCUUCGUUGCCACCUGCAUAUUCAUACUGGAGAAAAACCGUACAGCUGUGAAGAGUGUGGGACAACUUUCACUAGAUCAAGUUCUCUCAAAAUACAUCACCGUAUUCAUACUGGAGAAAAACCGUACAGCUGUGAAGAGUGUGGGACAACUUUCACUACAUCAACUCAUCUCAAAAGACAUCAACGUAUUCACACUGGAGAAAAACCGUACGGCUGUGAAGAGUGUGGGACAACUUUCACUACAUCAAGUCAGCUCAAAAUACAUCAACGUAUUCACACGGGAGAAAAACCGUACAGCUGUGAAGAGUGUGGGACAACUUUCACUACAUCAAGUACUCUCAAAAUACAUCAACGUAUUCAUACUGGAGAAAAACCGUACGGCUGUGAAGAGUGUGGGACAACUUUCACUACAUCAAGUCAUCUCAAAAUACAUCAACGUAUUCACACGGGAGAAAAACCGUACAGCUGUGAAGAGUGUGGGACAACUUUCACUACAUCAGGUGAACUCCAAACACAUCACCGUAUUCAUACUGGAGAAAAACCGUACAGCUGUGAAGAGUGUGGGAAAACGUUCACUACAUCAAGUAAUCUCAUAGUACAUCACCGUAUUCAUACUGGAGAAAAACCGUACUGGUGUGAAGAGUGUGGGAAAACGUUCACUAGAUCAGAUGCUCUCAAAAUACAUCUUCGUGUUCACAAAGGAGAAAAACCAUAGUGGUUUUAAGAGUGUGGGGAAACUAUGAGAGCCAAGCUAGCUGUUUCCUCCUCCUGAUGUCCUGAGAGCUGUAGUUAUAUAGUCUAAUUGAAA